AAUCUGAUAAUUUAGUUCCAUAAAAGAGAGCAGGUAAUGAACAAUGGGAAUCUUAAUUGAAGAUUGUACAGAUUUCAGCUGCAUAAAUUUAAACACCCAAAGUGAAAAACGAGGUUUGUUCUGAAACAUGAAUGAUGUUCCGAUCAAGUGACAAAGGAAAGACACUCUGUUGCUUUGACUCCCAUGCCACACCAGCUGUGAGCCCACUCCUUCACUAGAUUUCCCCGACAAGGUGACCUAGCUAAUCAAAACUCUCUUCACACCCUCCGGUUGUUGCUUCGGCUGAAACCAAGUUCCUUUUCCUUGCCUCCCUCUGCAGAAAGAUUUCAGAAGGAAAGGAGGUAAACAUAAUGGUGUCAAAGUUGAUGUUUUUCUCCGCAUUCAAGUGAAAAUAAGACCAACCCCAACCCAAAACUCACACCCAAGUCCCCCAUCUUCGUUUUCUUCCCCAAACCCAAAAACCCUAACGCUCCGAAAUCCAGAAUCUGGAGAGUAAGUCGCCCUCCUUUCCUUUCUCAAUGGAUGAAACUUUCUUGCUAAUGUUAUCAAAUCUCCUUCACCUCCACAACUCUCUUGACCCCACCACUUCCCUCCUUUCCCCUGCCUCCUCUUCGCCUCCUCCCACUUCCUCCCCUUCCCCUUCCUCUCCUUCCUCUCUGCUUUCCUCCUCUUCCCCUGCCCCUCUUCUCUUCUUCACCCUUGCCUCCCUCCUUUCCUUCCUCGCCACUUCUUCUUCCAAGAAAGGAUCCAAGAAUUCUUCACCUUCGUCAGAGAACAGAGAACCCAAUUCCUCUCCUUCUCCUUCUCCUUCUCCUUCGUCUUCCUCCUACUUCUCCAUCUCAGCUUUUCGUGCUCUCUCUACCGACCACAUCUGGACCAUGGACGCCCAAUUCCGUGACGCCCUAUGGCGGUCCUUGUACGGACUCUCCUACCCCGUUUUUACCACCGUGGUUGAGAAGCUCAAACCUUUUAUAACCGCCUCAAAUCUUUCCCUUCCCUCUGAUUACGCCGUAGCCAUGGUUCUUUCCCGUCUCUCCCAUGGCUACUCUGCUAAAACCAUCGCUUCACGCUCUUCUCUGGACCCUUACCUCGUUUCAAAAAUCACGAACAUGGUGACUCGUCUCUUGGCCACUAAGCUCUACCCGGAGUUCAUUAAGAUCCCAGUUUCUCGCAGAAGGUUGAUCGAAACUACUCAGGGUUUCGAGGAACUUACUUCACUGCCCAACAUUUGUGGAGCUAUUGAUGGAAGCCCGAUGAAGGUCCGUGGCUUGAAACUUGACAGGAAUUUGAUGAAUUGUUAUAAAUCCAAAUACGGGUAUGAUUCAGUUUUGCUUCAGGUUGUUGCUGACCAUAGAAAAAUUUUCUGGGAUGUUUGUGUUAAAGCUCCUGGUGGGGCAGAUGAUGCUACGCAUUUUAGGGAUAGUUUGUUGUAUAAUAGGCUUACUUCAGGGGAUAUUGUCUGGGAUAAGAUGAUCAAUGUUAGGGGUCAUCAUGUUAGGCCUUAUAUUGUUGGAGAUUGGUGUUAUCCUUUAUUGUCAUUUUUGAUGACACCCUUCUCUCCGGAUGGGGCUGGGACACCGGCACAAAAUUUGUUUGAUGGGAUGCUGAUGAAAGGGAGGUCUGUGGUGGUGGACGCAAUAGGGCUACUGAAAACAAGGUGGAGGAUUCUUCAAGAUUUGAAUGUGGGACUCAAUCAUGCACCGCAAACGAUUGUUGCUUGUUGUGUGUUGCAUAAUUUGUGUCAGAUUGCGAGAGAGCCUGAGCCUGAGAUUCGGAAGGAUCCUGAUGAAAAUGGGGCUCUGGCAAGGGUGCUUGAGAGUGAGAAGCAGUUUUAUUAUUUUGGGGAAAGCUUGAGACAGGCAUUGGCGGAUGAUUUGCACCAAAGGCUUUCCUCCCGAUAAUAUGUUCACUUUUGAGAAAAGGUCUAAGGUCUCUAGUAGGUUGAUCAGUGAAGACAUGCGCUGCUAGAGUACCAGCUGAUCAUUGCUUUAACUUGAGGUGAAGCUGGAGUAGCAACUGCCUAGUUAUGGUCUUGUAGGUUUCAUAGAUCCUAGUUUACAAGACCCUAAUGUAAAUAUGCUUGAAUGAUUCAUCUGGAUAAAGCCAAGAGGUACUGGAGGAUGUGCGUAAGUAUAUGGGAAAGCAACGGAGCUCCAUUGACCUACAUAAGUGGUAUAGAUGAAGAGAUACAUCCUAUACAUGUUGGAAGUAAAAUUGUGGUAGUGUUCUUUUCUGUCCUGUUGUAAGGAGAUGUAUUUUUUAAUAAAGUCCUUGAGGAAUAUUUUUGGAAUCCUGGACAAGUCAAUGAGAUACUCUUUUUGAUUCAGGUUGGGCUAGAAGUAAGAUCCACCCCAUGCUUGUCCUCUCCCUUUUCGAAUCUAUGUGCCUGAAAGUCGAAGACACUUUUCAUGUAAAUGCUUACCUUAUUCUUAGUGCAGUGACUCUUUGGAAAUUUC